CUGCUGGACGUUCUUUCGCAGCUCCUUUGUCUGGAGGGAAGAUCCAUCUGUCGUGCGCUACAGCUCAUCAAGGAUAUCAAUCUGACGGUUGAAAACUUUCGGCAAGGAUUCCCUCUCAGCAUGCAGAUGAGGAGUAACCACUUGCAGGACUACCGUCAGAUCUCUGAAUGCCUUUCGGCCGCAAGGGAAAGGGUUGAGCAAGAUGCCAAGAGACUUCCCAAAUAUAAGACAGAAUUGCUGCAACUAGAGCAGCAGGCGGAGGAGGACGACGACGACAACACCGAGGAUGACGAUGGUGAUGAUGAUGACAAUGAUGACGAUGAUGAUGACGAGGAGGAGGAGAAGGAGAAGGAGAAGGAGAAGAAUGAGGACCAGGAGCAGCCGAAAGAGAUAAAAGUUGGCAGGGAAGAGGAAGAAACGAAGAACAUAAGAGGACAGGAACCGAAACAUGAGCGAAAAAAAGUCAAACAGAGUAGAGAAGUCAAAGCCUCCAUCAUUGGACUGCAACAGAGUGUCGCGAGGCAAUUGGGGGAUGUGGGGGUCCCUGUGGGGAAAGAAGCAUCAGCACGACUCUCGGGCACUGGCGACACGACCCUUCAGACCCAGGAUGCGAUCGGCGCAUCCAUUGACGUCAAUGGUGGAAGGUCAAUUGGUGACGUCAUACCCAUCAAAAGCGAAGGAGAUGACAUGCGUGUUUCAAUUGGUGUGAUUGGAGGGUCUGAGGACAGAGGUUUGGAAAAGGUGGGGGGGGUAGUUCAAGAGGAAGAGGGGGAAUUUUGGAGUUUGGAUCGCCAGAGGGCUUGGGAGGAAGCCAUUGUGGAGUGGGAAGAAGAUGAUGACAUUGCCAUUUUGGGGUUUGACGCUUUCAAAAGUCAAAUUCAAAGUGAGUCACAGUACAUACUUCCUAAUUUGGAGGGAAGUGAAGAUCGGCGCUACAGACUUGAGGACAAAAUGACAGCCACAGAUGAGGAUAUCAAUGAACCUGUAGAGAAGCUGUUCAAGGAGGUCUCAGAACUGUUAGAGAAGAAAUCUGCCUUGCAGCAGAGCCUUGCAAGAGCGCAGGAGCAUCACAGGAAGAGCAUGGAGCUCAAGGACAAACUGAUCCGCAGGUUGUCGGCAGAGCUAGUGCCGCACAAACUGAGGGACAAAUUUGCUGCCAAUGCUCUGGAAAAAUACAGACGCAUCAAAUCGGAGGCGCCGUACCGAAAAACGAGUUUACUUGACAAUUACUUGAAGGAGUUCGUCUGUGAAUAGCCAUAGAUCAUCUGAUCCGAAUCAAGAGUCCUUGGUCCG